AUGGCUGCCUUGAAUAUACCAUUUAUGUCUCCUGGAAAAUAUCAAAGUUGUCACGAAAAAUUAGCAGGUCACAUUCACAAUAAAGCUUGUGAAAAUAUGGAGAGAGCAGCUACUGAGGAAGCUAAUCUGGCACGCGAGCUUGGCGAAGUUGAUGACAAAGGUCAUCCUUAUAUAACUGUUGUUGGCGACGGAGCACGGAGUAAGCGCUCAUAUAAUGUAAAUUAUAAUGCACUAUCAGGAGUAGCAUGUGUUAUUGGAAAAAUAACGGGUAAAAUAUUAUUUUUAGGAGUAAGAAAUAAAUAUUGUUGUAUUUGUGAAAGGGCUAUCGCCAAAAACAUACAACCAAUACCUUAUCAUAAAUGUUAUAAGAACUGGGAUAGUACCUCUACAGGUAUGGAAACUGAUAUUAUUGUGGAAGGAUUUAGGUGUAGUUUAGAAAUGUAUGGACUAAUUUUUUUACGACUUGUAGGUGAUGGCGAUAGUAGCAUGUACAAUAAAUUAGUAAAAACAAGGCCCUAUGCGAAUACUUUAGUGCAGAAAAUAGAAUGUAAAAAUCACUUACUUAGAAAUUUUUGCAGAAAAUUAAGGGAAAUAUCCGGUAAAAAACGAAGUACCUCUAAAAAUUGUGCAGUUCCAAUAUUUUUAAGGAAACACGUUUUAAAAAGUAUUUUACGUAUCAGAACUGCAUGUAGUAAAGCGGUUUUAUAUCGGACAAAUGAAGAAAAACCACUUACAGAAAAAAUACAGCUUUUGUGUAAAGAUUUAAAAAAUAUACCAUCACACGUAUUUGGUGAACAUUCAAAAUGCCAAGAAAUUGGGUACUUCGAAUGCAAACCGAAUCAAUCCUAG